AAAUAAGAGACUUGUGGCAUGUCUGCUGGCAACGCUGCUCGCUGCCCACGUGUUAUCCAUACUUCGAGUGUGUAAAUGUAGCCAGCUUUGUUGGCCUAGGCCUAGAUAGGCUAGGUAAUUCAAUAUUAGACGACUUUUUUGGAACUUAGAAGCUGAAGAUGAGUAAAAGAGGAAGUAAGUCUUCCUAUCACAAGAAUGAAAACCGUUACAAAUUUGAAACAUUCUCAGAACGUUUGGCUAAGGUGAACAUCGAUGUUAUCAGACAUGGGGACCGAACACAAGAAUUCCCAGAGGUUGGGGACUCAUUCUUUGCUGAAGGUUUGGCCAAGUGGUCUGAGUUAAAUUGUACCCAGCAUUAUGGUUCUUUUAGUGCAGAAGUAAACCAGCAAGUCCAAAGCUACCACCAACUUGUGCAUCAUAAGCAGGUUAUAGUUGAGGCUCUCAAGAAACACCUUAAGAUAAAGAACAGCCUAGCCUACCAACCACUACUUGAUUUGGUUGUAAGGUUAGCAAGAGAUCUUCAGAUGGACUUUUACCCUUACUUUCGGGAAUUUUUUGAGAUCAUCACAUUAAUCCUUAACAAACAAGACACUGAAUUGCUAGAGAGUGCAUUCCAAUGCCUCUCUUAUCUUUUCAAGGUUCUUUGGCGAUACCUGGUAAAGGACAUUAAAGAUGUGUUUGAAUUUUAUCAGCCUUUGUUAGGAAAGGAUCAGAAACCACAUAUACGCAACUUUGCUGCCGAAAGUUUCUCCUUCUUAAUGCGUAAGAUACGUUAUCCUGAUGAUCUGUUUGACUUCAUAUUUAGCAGACUAGACAAGGACUCUGAGCUUUGUACUGGCAUUGGUCAGCUAUUGUUUGAAAUGGUCAAAAGUGUCAUGAAGCAAUUUCAUUCAUGUACUGGAAAGGUAUUACCAAUAUUAUUGCAUAAGCUUGGACCUGAUCAAGAUGGAGACAACAUCCCUACAUUGCCAUGGGGUCUAGUUCAAAAAGCAUUGUCGCACAUGUUAUGUUGCAUGCUUGAACACACAAACAAGGAAAAUGUGCAAGUUGUGUGGGAUUGUUUUUAUGUAAGUUUGGCUUUCAACAAAUACAGAUAG